AUUAAUUGUGUGCGUUCUAGUUAUUUGUCUGUUUCCUGUAUAAAACAUACGAAAAAAUUGUCGCUACCGUUACGUGAACAAGUUACUGACAAUUACCACUAUCACAUUUGGUGAUAUAAAAGGCAAACCACUAUGUCUUAGUAGUUAGUUAUCUUGUGUGAAUAAAGAUGGCAAGAGGCAGGCGUAAGAUAGGUUCUUCAAAGAGGAAGACAAUAGAGCUGGGAAGGAGGAGGAGUGUAGACAUGGGUACACAUAACACAGGAAAUGGAGAUCAGGAAGAUGAAACAACCCCAGCAAGAAGGCAGAGUAAAAGAUUUAAAAGUGACAGUGAGUCUAUCCCUCUAGAGUUUGAAAAUUAUGAUGGUGAAGAUAACCUGAACAAACUUUCUUUGGAAAUAUUGUGCCAAAUCCUUAACUACCUUCCUUUCUAUGAUAUGAUGAAACUACAGGUGCUGAGCAGGAAGCUGUAUAAAGCUGUGUCAAUGAACUUGAGACUCACAACUUUUAUCGAUUUUACUGAAGGGGAGGACCAAGGGUGGCUGCCAGAGAAGUUGACCGAUUCAAAGCUCGGCAAACUUUUAGCGCGGUGUCCCGAGUUGAUAACGAUUAAUGGCCUACACCCCAAGCUCUUGGCAAGAAGACGGCAGAUGGGUGUCGAUGUCCUGUCUGUGCCGGGCAUUAUCAGUGUUCUUGAUAACUGCCCAAAUCUCAUGUACCUCGAAACGUGUGAUAUUCGCCUACUUGAAGCUGUUGUGGAAUCCAUCCCUGGUGUUAUUAUUGAAAAUUUCAAAAAUCGCGAUGGGUGCUACCCUAUCCCUUCAUUUAAUCGCCUUUCACUGCCCACGAACCCCUCCAUUACCUCGUUGCACCUGAGUGGGGUGAUCCUCCCAGAGCUGCCCAGUAUGGAGUGCCUUCAGUCCCUCUAUCUGCAGUGGGUACGUCUGACCAAUCCACACCCAUUCAAGGACUUUGUGGCACCAUCUCUGAGGGUAUUUGUCAUGCGUAACUGCGCUGGGCCACGCAAUGCCUUAAAGUAUGUUCCUAUGGUAACGAGUUUGGCGGCCGCUCAUCAAUUGCAAAGACUGGAGCUGGUGAGGGUGCCUUACCUUGGUGGCCUAAUUCAGCAUGUGGUGGAAGACAGUUGGCGUUCCUAUGGUUUUAGUAACCUGAAGAAGAUUGCUUUUGGCACAUGCAAACAUGCUUUAGAGGGAGACUUGGGACAUCUAGUGAUAACUUGUUCAGAAAAUUUAGAAGAACUCCUUUUGCAACCCUCUCUGACAAAGGAUAGUGUGUUUGCAGCAUUGAGCUUAGCAGAUGUGGUCUUCCCAAACUUCAAGACUCUGCAUUUAGGAUUUGUAGAUGACUUUCCAGAGCCAGGGAAAUGGACCAAUGGGCAACUGGUGGCUCACGGGCUGGCGGAUAUUACAGAAAACCCGCCAAACAUCACAGACCUUGGCCUCCGGACAGCGGGGAGGGUUUUCCCCUCUAUGCAAUUCCUCACUAUAUACAACUGUCCACUGCUACAGAAUGCUCUGGCUUGGUUUGACUUGGCCUUGGUGCCAUGGAACAAUCUGAGAGAGCUGUACCUGCGGCGCUGUCACUCUGUGAAGCUGGACAGUUUCUGUAAACUGCUCCCCUUGCUGCAGUCCAUUGAGAGUGUCACACUGGAGAUGAUGUUCAGGGAGCCACCCAAGGGAUGCUCAAGGGUUGGAUUGACAGCAGGCACAGGAUUGGGUGUUUCUGCAGCCCUUGUGUCUAAUCAUGACCCAGUUGUUCCACACAAUGCAGCCAAUCAGAAUGUUGCUGUGCCAAUGGUACCUCCCAACCCUCCUCCUCCAGCCAAUCCAGCUCCUGCUCAACCUGCCAAUCAACCUGGUGCUCAGCCAUCUGGUCAGUCAGCCAAUCCUGAUCUUGCUCAACCUGCCAGUCAUUCUGUGAGCCAGCCUGUUGAUCCGUCAUCUGGUCCACCUUCCACCAGUCAGUCUUCUUCUUCUAGUCAGUCUAGUUCUCAGCUGGCCACCCAACCUUCUGCAUCAAGUUGUCACGUCGAUCAUGGUGUUCAAGCAAAUGGAGGACUAUCAGUGUCAAGUAAUGAUGAGAACAAUGUUGUUUUUCAUGACGAUGAUGAUGGCGAUGAUGUUGGUGAUGAAAUUUUGUCACCACCUCCUAGUUUUUCAACAGCAUCUUCGUCACAGUUGAGUGAAACUGAGAAUUGUGAGUUUGAUCCCAGAGAGGGAAGUAAGGAUCUAGAGCAAGAACCAGUAGACGCAACUAGGCAAAGGGGCAUCGAUGGUGUUAAUGUGGGCACUGGUGAAUUGAGGACAAAAAUCUCAGAGCCAGUGGCAGGUAAAGGAUGUUCUGGCAUUGGGGGACUGCACAGUGAAACUUCCAGUAAUGAAACUGAUGAGUCACUGUCCAGUGAUUUACAUAUCCAAACUGAAAGCGGACCUGUCAGAAACACUUCUGACAGUUGCUCCAAGUGCAUUUGCUCACAAAGCAGUAAUAAAUCCAGUAUCUCAAAACCUGAGAUGGACAGUAAAGACAGUAUUGACACAGAGUCCACUUGCACAGGAAAUGUAAGGGCAGAUUCUGAUGUACUCUACCAAGAAGGUGAUACAGACAUGAUCCAGAAUGGUGGAGCUUCUCCACUGCAAGCUCAGAGAGUUGUUCAGUCCAAAUCUGCUGUCAAUGCUCUGAGUUCUACAGGUCUUGUUAACAAAGAAACAAAGUGGCAGUCUAUUACAGCUGAAACUAAUGGGGAGAAUCCCACACUUGACAAUGAACCACCACCAAAGAAAUUCAAGCACAGUGAUGUCAAACAUAGUGGGGGAUAUGGUGAGAGAUCUGUUGCUACGUCGUCUUCGGGUAGGACGCCUUUGGGUGUAGAGACCCUUAAAACGCCCGAAUAUAAAGGUGACGAUGUCACAGUUGAAAAUAGUGAAACACAUGCUGAUGUCAGAGUGAACAAAAAGCAACUGGACAGCGAUGAAAAUUUUGAAUGUUUAAAAACAAAUAAUCUUAGAAUGUGCAAUAGUCAAGACUUAACCAGUGGUGCUUGUGAUGUUGAUUCAACAGAAUCCAGUAAGGGAAAUGACCAAAAAGAUAGUGAUCAAAACUGUGGAGAGGAUCUCCCUGCUCAUGUAUAUUGUGCUUCCUGCGGAUCUCCUGCCUCGGUUAAAACCAAAGAAACACACGGGUCUUUGUCUGAGAAAGAGGCAAGUACUCCAAGCAGAAAAGGAAAAAGUCUCAUGGGCAGAAAAAAGGGAUUGGUUAAAAAAUCUGCUUCUUCUAGAGGUGGAGAUUCAUCUAGUUCAGGCUCUCAGAACAGUUUGUCUUGUGAUGUUAAUUAUGAAAGAGACCAUUCUCUAAAUUCCAGUCAGGCUGUUUAUUCAGAUUCAGAUGAAAAUGUGGAGAAGGGGUUAGCUGAGAAUUGUGAUAGAGAAAUUGAAAUAGAUUCUGAUCAAGUCAGUCAGUCGUGUCAGGCUACCAUGAGUGAGAUACGUGAGGAGGCAAAGAAGCAAGGUGGACAUUCCACAACUGGUUCUACUGUGGGGAAAAGCAGUUUAAAUGGUACUACGAACACUCCAAUAGGUGGCAGCAGCAAUGCUCAGAAAUCAAGGCAGUCUUCUUUCCAAAACAAAACAUCUUCUUCUCAGUCAUCUCCAGGUGAAUCCCCAGGUUUCCGUGUAUUGAGAUCAGGUCGACUGAUCAACUGCAAUUUUGGCACACAGACGACCUGUCUGCCUUUGGCAACAUUUGAUGGCUCUUCCUCACCACAUAAACAGGAGAACCAAUCCAGUGCCAACAACAGCAUCGACAUCAGUCCAAGCAUAUCAGCUGACUGCCCGGAACCUGCCCUGCCUCUAUUGGUCCGUAACGGUCCCUUGACCAGGUCAGCCGCUGCCCAUUUGAGGACACCACUGUGCAGCCGCGGCAGUCAGACUAAUAUCUCUUACCUGGCUAAAGCUGGGUCCAGGAAAACCAUGAUGGUGGAUCAGUCCACCAGCACCAGUGACCCCGUGCAGGAGGAUGACCAUGUCCAGAUCUUGACUAUUAGGUCUGCCACAUUGAUAAACUUGAACCUGCACAAAGUGGGAAUAACUGACCUGCAUGUGGCUGACUGUCCCUCUCUCAGCUCUCUUAAUGGAUCAGCAUGCCGUGUUCUGAAGAAUGUGACCAUUCAGAAAGCACCUUGCCUCCAACAAGUGAAGUUUGCUCAGUGUAAGAAACUGAACCACAAAAACCUGGUGACUGAGGUGUCCAACAUUACCCCUGAAGACCACCGGACCGUCUUUAUCAGGCCAAUGGUGGAGGUGGGUUAUCUUUCUUGUGAAGUUGGUGUAAUAGACUCGACAUACCUUGUCAUUUUGUAA